CAACUCUCUCAGCCCAGCACGCUUUUGUAAACACGCUUUCUUUCCCAAGUCAGACCUCGUGCUCGUCGAACGCUUCUCUCGUCGAGUGUACCUCAGCUGUCCGAAAAUGGCUCAAAAAUUGACUUUCAAAGUCGCGGACAUCUCGCUGGCCGAGUGGGGCCGCAAGGAGAUCGAGCUGGCGGAGAACGAGAUGCCUGGUCUGAUGGCCCUGCGUCGCAAGUACGGGCCGAGCCAGCCGUUGAAGGGUGCCCGCAUUGCCGGCUGCCUGCACAUGACCAUCCAGACUGCCGUGCUGAUCGAGACGCUGACCGCACUCGGAGCCGAAGUGCAGUGGUCCAGCUGCAACAUCUUCAGCACACAGGACCACGCGGCCGCCGCCAUCGCCAAGACAGGAGUUCCCGUCUACGCGUGGAAGGGCGAGACCGACGAGGAGUACCUUUGGUGCAUUGACCAGACCAUCGUUUUCCCUGAUGGAAAGCCCUUGAACAUGAUUCUGGAUGACGGCGGUGACCUGACUAAUCUGGUUCACGAAAAGUACACACAGUACCUGGACGGAAUCAAGGGAAUUUCAGAGGAAACGACCACCGGCGUGCACAACUUGUACCGCAUGAUGCGCGAGGGCAAGCUUAAAACCCCUGCCUUCAACGUCAAUGAUUCUGUCACCAAGAGCAAGUUUGAUAACCUGUACGGUUGCCGCGAAUCUCUGCUGGAUGGCAUCAAGAGAGCCACCGACGUGAUGAUCGCCGGCAAAGUGGCCUGCGUGGCUGGCUACGGUGACGUGGGCAAGGGAUGCGCCCAGUCGCUCAAGUCGUUUGGCGCCAGGGUGCUGGUCACUGAGGUGGACCCCAUCAACGCCCUGCAGGCUUCCAUGGAGGGAUUUGAGGUCACUACCAUGGACGAGGCGUGCAAGGAGGCGCAGAUCUUCGUGACGACGACCGGCUGCAAGGACAUCAUCCGCGCAGAGCACUUCGGUCACAUGCGCGACGACUCGAUCGUCUGCAACAUCGGCCACUUUGACUGCGAGAUCCAAGUUGCCUGGCUCAACGAAAAUGCCAGUGAGAAGAUCAACAUCAAACCUCAGGUGGACAGAUACACGAUGCCCAGUGGCAAGCACAUCAUUGUCCUUGCCGAAGGCCGUUUGGUCAACUUGGGCUGCGCCAUGGGCCACCCUUCCUUUGUCAUGAGCAACUCCUUCACUAACCAGACCCUUGCUCAGAUCGAGUUGUGGACAAAGCCGGGACACUACCCCAUUGGCGUGCACAUGCUCCCCAAAAAGUUGGAUGAAGAAGUGGCUUAUUUGCACUUGGAAAAACUAGGUGUCAAGCUCACCAAGCUGAGCAGCGAUCAGGCCAGUUACCUCGGUGUGCCGUCCGAGGGCCCCUUCAAGCCAGAUCACUACCGCUAUUAAAUUCCCAAGCUCUCAGGUCAGCACCAAAUAUCGUGUUUUUUUUUGCAAUAUUUUGAAACUGAAUCGUUUUACAAUAAAACUACGCACUUACAAAAAA